AUGUAUUGUUCAGUGGUCCUCUGUGCUCAGCUGGUAGAGCACGGCGCUUGUGCCAAGCCGGGGGAGGAAGAAAGAUGGGAAGGGAACAGAGGCGAAGCAGAAAAAUGUAUAAAUAUAGCAACUAAAGCUCUUGAAGCAGACAAAGACAAGGCGGUGAAAUUCUUAAAUAAAGCAGAGAAGCUCUAUCCAACCCACAAAGCAAAAGCCUUGUUGGACACCUUGACGAGGAACGGCAGCUCUGCGGGGAAUGGCGCGCACUGCAGACAGCGCACUACAGACAGCUCCUCGGAGAGCACCAAUGCCCGGCCUGGUGGGGAGGGCCAGGAGGCCGGAGGGGAGCCCAGCACCAAGGGCUUCACCAAGGACCAGGUGGAGGGAGUGCAGAGGAUAAAGCGGUGUAAGGAUUACUAUGAAGUCCUGGGCAUCAGUAAGGAGGCCAAUGAGGAGGAGCUGAAGAAAGCCUACAGGAAACUAGCGCUAAAGUUCCACCCAGACAAAAACCAAGCCCCCGGAGCCACAGAGGCCUUCAAAAAGAUCGGCAACGCGUAUGCCGUGCUCAGCAACACGGACAAGAGAAAGCAGUAUGACCUCACGGGAGCAGAGGACACCAGCCCUGGCCACGCCCACGGCCAAGGGUUUGACUUCCACCGAGGCUUCGAGGCUGACAUCACUCCCGAGGACCUCUUCAACAUGUUCUUCGGAGGAGGAUUCCCCUCUUCGGCUGCCCACACAUUCACCAACGGCAGGGCACGAUACAGCCAGCAGACGGACCAAAGACGGGAGAGAGCAGAGGAGAGGGGAGAGGGAGGGUUCUCCAUGUUUAUCCAGCUGAUACCCAUCGUUGUACUGAUCCUGGUGUCCAUCCUGAGCCAACUGAUGGUGUCCACACCCCCCUACAGCCUCUACUCCAGACCGUCCACAGGGCAGACGGUGAAACGGCAGACCGAGAACCUGCGUGUAGAUUACUACGUCAACAGAGACUUCAAGUCCGAGUACAAGGGCUCCAAUCUGCAGAAGCUGGAGAAGAACGUGGAGGAGGACUACGUGUCUAAUGUCAGAAACAACUGCUGGAAGGAGAGGCAGACGAAAACUGACUUGAUGUACGCUGCUAAGGUCUACAGGGACGACCGCCUGCGUAAGAAAGCUGAGCUGAUGACCAUGGAUAACUGCAGGGAGCUGGACAGACUAAAUGACCUGUUCAGGGGGGGCUGAGCCCGCCCGACGCCGCAGGCUCCCACAGAACGCUUUUAGAGGAGAUAUAUGAAUAGAUAUAUGUAUGUAAAUGUUUUUUUUUUAAGGAAAAACCAUGGAGAUGGAAAGGAGAAAAAAAUAUAUAAAAAUGAUUAGCCUUACUGUUGAAGUUCUAA